AUGCUCUCCCGGCGCAACCUCAUCGUGGUUGCCGCCUUUGUCAUCUUUGGCUGCACCCUGCUACUCACCUCGCAGCGCCUCAGCGGUCCCUUUGAUUUUGGCUAUCCAGACCUGAGCAGCGGCAGCACCAGCACCAGCGGCAGCGAAAAAGAACUACUCGAGAUCUACACUAGCAGCCCCGGCGAACUGCUGCCUACGGCAUCAUAUGGCUCGACGCCGGGCACGCUGUUCGGCCGGCCGCCCAAAGAGACUCUUGCUGCCGCCCCGACCCCCGCCGUCAAGCUCGGCUGCGAAAACUUUCCCGACAUGUCCAACAUCUUUGUCGUCCUCAAGACGGGCGCCUCUGAGGCUUACAAUCGCAUCCCCACUCAGCUCAUGACCAACCUCAAGUGUGUCCCCCAUUACGAAAUAUGGAGUGACAUGGACCAGACCAUUGCCGGUCAGCGCAUUUUUGACGCCCUUACCGACGUCCUCCCUCAGGUCAAGGCCCACGAAGACUUUGAAAUCUAUCAUCACCAGGCCAAAUGUCCCAUUGACCAGGAGCACUGCAACAAGGACUACGACACGGCCGGCAAAGGCUGGUCCCUCGACAAGUACAAGAACAUUCACAUUGCCGAAACCAACUGGGCCAACCAAUCCAACUUUGACUGGUACUUUUACAUUGACGCCGACACCUACGUUUCUUGGCCCACCCUCGUCGAGUGGUUCAAGCUUCUCGACCCCUCCAAGCCUGUUUACUUUGGCAGCGUCGCCCUGCUAGGCGGUUUCCCCUUUGGCCACGGCGGCAGCGGCUAUGCCGUCUCCAACGCCGGCAUGAAGAAGAUGUUUGACGGCAAGUCCAAGGUCGCCAACAAGUAUGACGAAAAGGCCUCGACGACCUGCUGCGGCGACUACCUAUUUGCCUAUGCCAUCAAGGAAGAGGCCCAGCUGGACGUCCAGAACAUGUUUCCCACUAUCAACGGCGAAAAACCGUACUCGAUGCCCUUUUACGACGGUCACUGGUGCCAGCCUAUUAUCACCAUGCAUCACGCCGCUAGCGAAGAAAUCGACGAACUCGACAGAUUUGAGCGCAACCGCCAGUUCAAGUCGCCUGUACUCAUCAAGGACGUCUUUCACGACAUUAUCCAACCCAAGCUGCGCAACGACCACGACGACUGGGACAACCUCUCCGAGGAUGUCUUUUAUUUUGAUCCUACGAGCCGGGAGUUUGACGAGGACGAGACCAAGCUGCGCAAGCCAGAAUCUGGCUACAACGACGCCGAGAAGCAGGCGCACCUCGACUUUGAGCACUGCCGUGCCGCGUGCGAAAGCCUGGAGGCCUGCGUCCAAUUUCGUUUCGGCAAGGGCAUCUGCUCGACGGCGACGGCGGUGCGAUUCGGCAAGCCAGCCGAGGCGAGCGAAGACGAGAGCCCCAAGCACAAGUCGGGCUGGAUGGUGGACCGCAUCAACGAGUGGGCCAAGAAGCACGACAACUGCGGCACCCCCAAGUUUCCUGAGCUCGAGAAGAGCUGA